UUUAAUCAUUGACAAUUGAUUGAGUUGAUAAUUGUGACAAUGUAAAUUAAAUCUUCCAUCCAAUUGAAGGUUUAAAGGUUACCAGGUUUGAGUUUGAAAAAGGAGCAAAAUGUUUGCAUAAACAUAAGCCUAUUGAGAGUCAAUGAUAACAAAUGAGUAACUCUGUUUACUUUGGUUCUCUUUUGUUAAUCAAUCUAUUUAAUUGUCCAUUUAAAUUUAAUUCUUUUUUACAUAUCAUCUUAAUUCUUCUAAUUUAUUCAUAUUACCAUUGAUUAUCAAUUCGGAUUUCCGGUUGACUGAUUAAUCUCUCUAAUUAUCUUCCAUUAGCUGAUAGCCACCUACUCAUUUCUGUUUCUUGGUUUUACCAUAAAAAGGUAUGUUUCCAUUUUGUCAAUUCUUAUAGUUGGAGGAGAUUUUGUAUUCGGCUUGAGAUCGGUUAUUUUGCUGUAUCACCAUUUCAUCUUGAUCAUGUGUUUCCAACAUCAAUUGACAUUCACUCUCCAAGCUUAGGCUUUAAUUACUAUCUCAUUGAGACUGAAUUGCUUUUGAUUGAAUUGAUUCUUUGAUUCUUUUAAUCCAACAUCUUCAACUUAAUGGUCACUAUUAUUGUUUACAAUUGAUCUAUUCUGUGAUGAUCAAACUAACUCUUCAUCUUUUUCCCCUUAAUAGUGAAUAUUUAUCAUCUGUGUCUUUAGAAUCUACUUUUCAUCAGCACUUUAUUUUUUUCUAUCUCUAUCUCAUCUUAAUGAUUACAGUUCUUCAUCAUGACACUAUCUUAGUUAAAUCAAAGUUUCCUGUUGACGACAAAUUUAUCCUCCAAGGUCCAAAUCAAUAAUAACAUCUACUUCUAUUACUAUCCGGUGUUUCCUACAAACCUUGAGACAAUUGUUUACUUGACUUGAUCUUACCAACAAACUAAGUAAUCAAUUUUGAUUACCAUAAUAUAUUAACAUGGAAUCAACAUUCAAUCUACUUCUUAAUGAAACUGAAUUCAAUGAAUUGUCUGGUAUCAAGAAGGAAAUUUAUAUUCUCGAAUGGUUAAGAUACCUGGACAAAAGCCUUGUAAAUACUCCUAAGGCCGAGAUCAAGGAAUCCCAAAAGCCAUUGGUCGAACAGCUUCUCAAACAAAUAGCCAACAAUCCUAGUGCACCAGCGAGAAGGUUAAUUGGCCGGUGUUUAGCUACUCUAUUUAAUGUCGGUGAUACUUUUCUACUUUUCGAAACCGUUAAUAAGUGUAAUGAUAUACUUAAAAUCAAAGACGAUUCUCCAAGUUAUUUGCCAACUCGAUUGGCAGCUACUAUUUGUAUUGGAGCAAUGUACGAGAAAUUAGGUCGACUUAUGGGCCGAUCUUAUGAGGAAACUGUGAUUCUAUUAUUAAAAUCAUUAAAAAAUGCUGAGUCUCAAUCAAGAUGUGAAAUCUAUUUAACACUGGAAAAAAUUGUCUCAGGAAUGGGAGCUGCUGCCGGUUCGUUACAUCGAGACAUUUUCAAGUCAAUUCGUCACGGAAUCACUGACAGAGUUAUGGCAGUUCGUUGUAAUGCUGCUCAUUGUCUUAAAGAGAUGCUAAACUAUGCACCUUUUUUAUACACAACCGAAUUGGAGAGUGUCUUUUCACUUUGUUUUCGAGCAUUGGAAGGUUCAAAUUAUGAGGUUCGAUGUGCCAUUGCCGAGGUUCUUGGUUAUCUCGUCGCUAUUACACAAAAACCCAAUCAAUUUGCUUCCGUGGGUAAAAAUAAACUUGCCACACUUGAUGAGGUUCUCAAUUUAUUGGCUUUAGGAUUUUUAAAGGGUGGAAUUGGUUUUCUUAAAAGUGGCCCUGGUGAUAUGAUCAAGGGAGGGUCAGUUGUCUCUAAAGAAACUCGAGUUGGUGUCACUCAUUCAUAUGUUGUAGUUGUUAAUCAUUUGGGUAAUCAUUGGUUAGAGAAAAAUAUGAACAAAUAUCUUUCUCACCUUCUCGAGCUUUUGGCUAAUCCAAAAUGUGCCUCAACUCAUGUAGAUGCAGUUUACGCUCGUCGUUGUAUUGGUUUUGUUUUAAGGUCAAUUUUGGGUAAAAAUUUAGGUGAAAAAUCUCAAGCACAAGCAGUUAAAGAAUUAAUUAUUAUCAUCAACAAACAUAUCAAUCCUGGUCUUUCCUCGCCCACUGGAAAUCAUCAUCAUCAUCAUCAAUCUGAACUGUUACCCGGUAUUGGAGCAUCAAAUGUUAAAGAGAAAGAGCCAAUUCCAAUUCAAGAUAUUCAUCAAAUUCAACAUGUUUUAGCCUGUGCUCUUCUUGAAAUCGGUUGUAUCCUUCAAGACUUGGGAACAUCAUCUUCGUCCCUUCUCACUGAUACAUCGAUCUCUGUCAUCGACACAAUUGUCUCCCUACUCACCAAUUCAUCGCCCACCGUUCGUCUUUCCGCUGCUUGGUCAAUGAGAUGUGUUGCUAUUUCCUUGCCAUCUCAAUUGACACCUCUCAUUGAGAGGAGUCUCGAAAGACUGGAAACAAUGAAAAUAUCUCCGGAAACAAUUUACGGCCAUUCGUUUGCCAUUUCAGCUCUUUUGGGUUCAUCGUGCCAAACCCCAUUAAGUAUACCCCAUAAUAAGGGUAAGCUCAUUUUCAGUAUAGCUGAAGAUUUACUUCGUACUGCUUCACAAAAUGGACGCUUAUCUCUUCCUCGAACUCAAUCUGGUUGGCAAUUAAUUGGCGGUGUUAUGGCUUUAGGACCUUCGGUCGUUCGUGGUCUUUUACCCAGGAUGUUACUUCUUUGGAAAAAUUCAUUCCCUCGAACUACCAAAGGUCUUGACUCGGAGAAAGCUCGAGGAGAUGCAUUUACUUGGCAAAUUACUCUUGAAAAUCGAGCUGGUGCUCUUGCAGCCAUGUCGAGUUUUCUCACUUAUUGUGAGAAAUUAGUUGACGAUGAUAUAGUUCGUCGACUUUUACCUCCAAUUGAAUUCGCCUUAACCAUGUUAACAACUCUCAGUAAUAUUUUUCGUAAUUAUGGUCCAGCAGUUAAGGCGAGUGCAGCUUUGGUUCGUCUACGUUUAUAUGAUACUCUUCUUCUUCUUCCGGCUAAUUCAUACGAAUCAAGUUAUUCUAAUUUACUAAGAAUUCUAGUCGCUGAUUUUACCCUUGGUGAUAAUGCGAUUAAUACAACAACAACCCUCCUUAGAUCACUUUGUCAUCCCGAUGAUGAAAUAAUUAUCGGCUCAUGGAUUCAAGAAACGGACCAUCGUUCAAUCGAAGAUCAGAUGGAACCAAAUCGCAAAUCGGAAAAAAAUUUUCUUCAAAUCGCCAGUACAUCAGGAUCCGGAGCAAUUGAACAUGAUCCUACUACCCUUUACAAUGAACAAGAUAAAGACAAUUUCAUUCCUAGUCCAUUACCACUCGGAUCCGCUAUUGUUAACAAAUCGUGUCUAGUUUUUGGUUACAUUUUCCGUUUUGUUGCUAACAAACAUCGUCUACAGAUUUUAAAUCAUUUCCAAGAAUGUAUUAAACACGAAAAAGGAGCUCGACAAGAAGCCAUUCAGAUCAAUGUCUUAGCUGCUGUUUUAGGCUCUCUAAAGAAUUCAGCGGAGAGUAAGAGUAACAUUGGUUGUGAAGAAGUUAAGAAAACCAUCACUGGUUUUAUAAUGAAUUUAUUGUCUCACCAUAAUCCUAUUAUCCGAUGUGCCGCUGCUCAAGGUCUUGGUCGACUUUGUCAUGUUGUCGGUGAUGCCAAAUUUGUCGCUGAAGUGGCACAAAUAUGUUUCGAUAAACUGAAAACAGCUCGAGAUGCUUUAUCACGAACUGGACAUUCACUUGCAUUGGGCUGUUUACAUCGUUACAUGGGCAGUUUAGGUUCAAAUCAACAUCUAAACACUUCUAUCAGUAUUUUAUUAGCACUUUCACAAGAUUCAACGUCACCAAUUGUUCAAGUUUGGUCACUUCACGCUCUAACCUUAAUCGCAGACUCUGGUGGUCCAAUGUUCCGUACAUAUAUUGAACCAACAUUAACCCAUUCAAUUAAAUUGUUAAUCCAAGUUCCAUAUCACCAUUGUGAUGUUCAUCAAUGUAUUGGUAAACUACUUUCCGCUGUGAUAACCACCGUGGGACCUGAACUCCAAAGUGACACACCAGCACUCGCUGUAACCCGGUCUUCCCUCCUUGUCUCUUGUGGUGUCAUGCAAGAGCAUUCCGACCCGUUGGCUCAAUCCCAGGCUAUCGGGUGUCUCCAGCAACUUCAUAUGUUUGCACCAAGACAUGUUAAUCUAUCAUCUUUGGUUCCGAUGUUGUGUUCAGUGUUAAAUAGUCCCCACUUAUUUUUACGUCGAUCAGCAAUCGCAUGUCUCCAUCAGCUGAUCCAACGGGAAGCUAAACAAGUUUGCAGUCACGCCGCUGAUUGGUUAAAAGACUUGAAGAAUUCUGAUUUUAAACAAAAUUCCAAUGGAAUCAAUCAUCUCCACAGUGAACACGGAUUACCUGGUAUACUUUUCUACCUGAUGGAUCAUGAAAAUGAUACAAAAAUAUUAUCCGAUAUUCAGAAAAUAAUAACUUCUCUGGUUCAAUCAAUUGCUACGGAAAAUUUGCAAACUUGGAUUGCCCUUUGUAAGGAAGUUCUUUGUGCUGCUGAUCCAAGUUCAAGCUUAUCGACACCUGAGAAAGAUUUCGAGGGUGAUGGGGAUUUCGACGAUGCCGAAUCAAAGUUUAAGGCGAGAGAUGAUAAUCCAAAUCAGGCAAUGAGUCCACCUAAAUGGCGAACCCGAGUUUUUGCUACACAAACACUUUGUCGAAUCAUUCAAACCUGUGAGAAUAGUCGAGAUGCAAAGGCUCAUUUUGAUUUGAUUACCGUUCGAGAAAAGAAAUCAAGUGGCCAUGAGAAAGAUGCUUUUCUAGUUCAUCAUCUUUCUGAUCUCAUUCGAAUGUCUUUUAUGGCGGCAACAUCAGAUUCUGAUCAACUUCGUCUUGAAGGUCUACAAGCUCUCCAAUUGGUUAUCGAUAAAUUUGCCAAAGUUCCUGAACCUGAAUUCCCACAACACGUUAUUCUGGAACAAUAUCAAGCACAAGUUGGAGCCGCUCUUCGUCCCGCUUUCUCACCCGACACCCCUUCCCAUGUCACUGCAAUGGCCUGUCAAGUUUGUAGUACUUGGAUUGGAUCAGGAGUUGCCCGAGACCUAAAUGACCUGCGUCGAGUUCAUCAGUUAUUAGUUUCAUCUUUAGCCAAACUAAGAAAAGAUUCAUCGUCAAGUCUUUAUAACGAAAGUGCAUCAACUCUCGAGAAAUUGGCGAUCCUCAAAGCUUGGGCUGAGGUUUAUAUCGUAGCCAUGGAGGAAGAAGAGCAAAGGAAACAAGCCAAAGAAAAAGAUGAAGAAAAUGAUUUCAAAGAGUUGGAAGGAGUAAUUGAAAGUCUACUACAUCUCGUAAAACCUGAGCUACUUUCACUUUCUAAAUAUUGGUUAAUGGCCUUAAAAGAUCACGCACUUUUGACCCUUCCCUCCAAUUUCUCAGGUCAACUCCAUGACGGUGGAGCUUUUUACACACCGGAUACCAUUGAAGUCGCUCGACCAAUUUAUCGUAAAUCAUGGCCACCGAUACUUCAUGCGGGCCUUUGGCUAUGCUCUGAAGGAUUCACUCAAUCAGAUGAAGACAAUUUAAUCAACUCCAUGGCCAAGGAAACCACUUUAACCACCAACACUGAUCUUAGUAAGAUGGAAGAUGAAACCGCUAAAUCGUUGGAUAAAAAAUCAAUCGACGAUGAGACUUAUUUUCCUCUUCUUUUCGGCAUCUGUAUGGAAGCCCUUUGUAACCCUAAAUCAACGGAACCAUUAUCAUACAUAAUUGUUUGCCUUCGAUCAAUGGAAACACUAUUAACUCACCCAUACCCACAAUCGAUGAUUGGUUCAGAUACUAAACUCGCCAUUGAAUUGUGUAAUGUACUUCAUCGGCUUUUGUUAACUCGAGAUAAUCCAACCUGCCAGAGUUUAAUUCUUAAAAUUGCUUUGUUAAUUAUGGAAUCUCGUCAUUUUCAUUUGGAAACCGAGAAAAAGAAACAAAUUAGACAAUUGGCUCCUGCUAAUCAAGAAUCAAAUGAUGUUGAUUUAUUUUCCGCUGGAUUUGGUGAAGGCGGUGAAAACGGUACAAUCAACACUUGGGAGUCAAUUGUUUAUGCUCUUUUAGAGAUUUGUUUGUGUGUUCUUGUCCGACAACUUCCCGAACUUUGUCCCAAUCUUGCCAAUAACCCAGGACUGGCCACUGUCCUUCAAAAUCGUAAACCACCAUCAGAAGAAGGUCUUAAUAUCAUUGGAAGUGCUCUGAAAAUAUUAUCGACUCUUCCAGAUCUUUGUUCACCCAAGGGAAGUAUCGUCGUAUUACCUACCGUUCUCUAUCUAAUCACCGGAGUUCUAAGAGAUGUGACCACUAAAAUGUGGACAUUUGGAGUAGACGAGCAACCGAUCACUUCGAUUCUUGAUUCGUUCAAAAAAUUAGGAAGUUCAUCAUUAGCAAGAAAUAAAUUAUCUUCCACCGAGUGGACUGAACUACUUCAAAGUUCAUUAGCUUUUGUCUUGGAUUUGUGUAAAACAAGUCACGUUGAGCCUCGAUUAGAUGAAGCAUUAGCUGUAACAAUUGUCGGAAUUUUCAUCACAUCAACACCACCGAAAGUCCUGAACGCUCCAAAUCUUCAAUUUCCAUGUAUUAAUUUGCUAAAACAAACUCUUCAAUCUCCAAGAGAAACAGUUGUGUUAAAAUGUUUGGGAACAAUUAAGUUAAUUCUUGAGGUCGAAGAUGAUACUCUUAAAUUACCUUAUAUCCACUCUUUGGCUCCUAAAAUGAUUGAAUUAAUUAGACAAUGGGUGAUUGAAAUUAGUGACGGAACUUCAUUAACUAAAGUUAAAUUUAAAGUAAUUACUGUUGGUUUAGAAAACUUUGAAUUACUUAUUGGUUUAGCUGAAACUGAUAAAAGAAUCAAUAUAUUGGCUCUUUUUCUUCCAGUUUUAAUCAAUUUACUCUUGGAAAAUAAUCCUCAAAGUAGACGAAGUUCAUUAAGAUAUUCACUCCACGAGUUUGCAUUGAAACGUUUAAUUGCCAUUGGACCAAAUUAUCCGAAUGAAUUUAAAAAGAUAAUUGCAAGUGAUCCUAAAUUUAAAUCUAAAUUGGAAAAUGCAAUUAGGAAUCAAGAUAAAGGUGGACCAGGUGAAUCGACUGAAGGAUCACUUAGGAAUCAUAACAGAUCAAACAAUCAAAUAAUUGAAUUAAAAACCAAUUUCAGUCAUUUCACAUAGAAAAAAUGUGAUAUUUAUAAUCGCUAAUUAAUCAUUAUUGGUAAAUCACUGAAUCAUCUGAAUUUGUUGAUAUGUAUUGUAAAUGUUAUAUAACCUUUUCCUCCCUUGACCUCAAUUAAUUAUUUCUUCUGAUUUUUUCCUAAGUUAUAUUCACCCCCAAAACAAAACAAAUCAAUUGUUAAUUGCGAUCAAUUUAAUAGUAUGAAGCAAAAGAUAGAAUCAUUGUUAAUUGUUGUACAAUUUUUGUAAAUGGUGUAAUGUUUAUAAUCUUGACUGAUUUUUUGGUAAAAAAAAUUAAGAAUAAAGAAAGUAUGUAAAAUGUUGAAAUCGAAUGGCAAAAAUUAA